AUGGGAGACGUGAGCCAUCACGAAGACAUUACCGAGGUGAAGGAUGACCUCACGCCCAAAAAGGUCGACUUGGGUUCCAAGCGCUACAAUGCCGUGUUCUUGGUGUGUGGGAUGCUGCGUCAGAUCGCUCUUGUGUCCAUCGCUGCUAUGGGGCUUUGGCCCCUGGCUUUGCAAGUCAUCCUUGUGCCUCAAAGUGUCUUUGGAGAUGGACACGGAGAUCGAUACGAACAACUGUCCUACUUUGCCUUUGAAAACGACCACUACCAAGUACUCGCACCCCGCUAUUUGGACUGCGUUGAGCUUCAAACCGUGCUCUUCAGUGGAGCGACUCCGAAACCUACGACAGAUCUCGUGCGUGCUGUGCCUCAGUCAACAUUUGAGAAAGUUCGUGCUCUUGUGGUGAACGAAACGACAGGAGACCACGCCACAAUGUUGUCGGUAUCCACGGACAUCGUCGCGCUUCCAGCUGACAAAAGUGUGUGCUUUGGUGGCGUAGACGAUGAAGGUGCAAUUCAGGUUGAAGCGCUACUAAGUGCUCAGGAUUCUCCAAUAUUCGGCGUGGAUGCAUCAUGCUUGGAAACGAGCGACGCUCAUGUUCGUGUCCGACUACAAUCUACCGAGUUUUACGUCCCCGACACGAUGGGGGAGCUCAAUCCGUCUCGAACUUCUGGUGCCAUGUUGAUUGCUUCUCUUGUUGGAGCUAAUCUGGACCCUGUGGAGAGCUCGUGUUACGAUGCAACACGUGAGGCACGGUACAUAGAGACACAGGGCAAUUCCCAGUAUCUCCGUCUGGUGUCGGUGUACUCGAAACAAUUAAUAGUUCCCGAAACUUGCGAUGAAUUCAACCUUUAUGGUGGCAAACGAGACCAAUUCGGCUGUGCGUACUCGGCUCUUGGUACGUCGGGAGCAGUGGCUAACUUGAAUUCGGACGGAGUGCAACGUACAUACUCGUUCCCAGCACCUUGGCGAAUGAUUCAGUGUAGCUUGUCUGGCGAGUGUAGCUCACUGUUGUUCACGCAGAUGUGGCUAUCUGAGUGGACUGUGGAGAAGACUUCAUUGGGUGAGGUGGUGCGACACAACUUUGUGAACCACAAAGUGAAUGAAGUCACAGUGGACAGCACAUUUAGUAUUCGACUUGUGAUCAGCUUGCAGAUCUUAGCACUCGUUGUGACGGCAUACUUGACGAGUAUGCGUGGAUGGCACGAGCUCAAAUGUGCCUUUGUGUCACCAUGGGCAAGAGUAAUGAAUGCGACAACGUCGUGUACUAUUGCGAAGGUUGUGCGGAGUAGCUAUAACUUCAUUCUGGUUGCUCAAAUGGUCUUGGGAAUGAUUCAAUGGCGUAAACAGUUAACCAUCGACUUGCUAGUAGGAGCCGAUACGAACGAGGCUGUGCUUCGAGCAUUUGGAUGUGGAACGCUGGUAGUAGUACUGGCAAUUAAUAUUGUCUUUGCUCGUGCUGGAGAUCUAAAGAUGCAAGAAAUGGAGCCGAGUUUCGCGCACGUCGUGGGAUUCCUCGCGUCUAUUGUCCUCUUCGCGAUCAGUCGAUCCAGUUCUGUAUCUGCAUCAACCCGAACUCUUCUUGCUACGGGUAUGAGCUCAGUAUCAGCCAGCGAUGUAACCAAGCAUUCAGGUUGUCGCGGCUCCGCUGUCUGCGCUAGGAAUGUAUCACUCAGCGUUUACACUGUUGUUCUUGUGAUCGUCAUUUUUACGGCAACUUUCAUUGGAUUGACGAUGCAUGCCACGUUACAAGCCUUGGUUCGUAAAAGUCCGAAGGUCGGAGUGGGCACCAAAAUGCCGUACAAAAUCGGAGUUUCAAAUGCUGAUUCUGCACCACCAGAAGUUAACUCCUUCACUCGAUUUUUGGACGAUCGAUCGCGUAGUACGUCGCUGUAUGACUGUAGCACGGAGGUGUAUGUACAGCUGUCGCCGGCGGAUGCAUUGCUUUCGACGCGAGCACAACUGGAGGCGAGUGGAUUUGUUCUGGCCACAUCAAUCCUUUUUCGAUACCGAGACCUUCCUCUGUUUCUUGUUGCUCGUAUUUUGCCUAUUCAAGUGCUAAACUUCUUCAACAUAACGGUGACAACAUACGAGCUUAUCCACACGAGCAGGACAUUGAACGAUGUUCAUAUCGGACUUGUUGCGGAUCAAGUGAUUCACACGCACUGGUCCAAGUUGAAAGAGGGGAGACUGGACUGGAUGAAUGAGUAUUUCGGUGGCAAUGGUGAGACUUCGUAUCGAUCCUCAAGAGAGUCUAUGAAACGACAGUCUAUCCAGAAGCGAGCGGAUGCGUAG